UUCUCUCUGUUCUAUAUAUGUUUUCUGUUUUACUUUUUGUUUUCCAUCUUAUUUGGGAUUCAACGAAGAAUGGAGUGAAGAGAUGGUUCAGUUAACAUCUGAAAUUGGAGCCCAUCACAGGUUGCAAUUGUAUUUAUUAGUUACAACGAAACAAACGGCUGCAGUUGGUCUCAAGUGUCUCCAUUGUUAGUUGGCAUUUUCAGGUGCAACUGACGAGACGCCGAUCAUAUGUAUUUACGAAGAAGAGUGCAGUAGCUUUCGUCGAAAUUUGAAGUGCUGCCUAUAUUGGAAAUGGAGAAUGGAGUUCGAAGAUGGCUAGUGAACACCUCAAAUUGGAACCCAUCUGAGGACCAAUUCUCGUUCUUCCUCUCUUUUCUUCCACUUCAUGAGCAAUCGGCUGUUAUGAGGUUUAUCAAGUUUGAGGACAAGAAAAGAGCACUAGUGAGUCGAUUACUUCAGUACUCCCUUGUGCAUGAAGUUCUGGGCAUCUCUUUUGACAAAAUCAUCAUAAACCGAACAAUUGAGGGCAAACCAUACCUGCAAAAUCGGGAAAAUCUGAUUUUUCCAAAUUUUAACUUCAAUUCAUCGCAUCAUGGAGACUACGUGGGCAUAGCAUCGGAGCCGAUUUGCCUGGUUGGACUGGACAUUGUCCGCAAUACCAUCCAUAAGAACGAAACUGCUCUCGAGUUUAUCAAUAAUUUCUCAUCGCAUUUCACGGAUUUAGAAUGGAAAGACAUCAAUGGUGCACGCAGCUCAGAUGAGAUUAUGUCCGUGUUUUACAGAUAUUGGUGUCUGAAGGAGGCUUUUGUUAAAGCCACUGGUGCUGGCGUGGGAUUCGGUUUGCAAAGAUUGGAAUUUCGCCACAGAAACUGGAACAGCAUAUCAAUUUACGUAGAUGGCGUCGAAUCAAGAGAUUGGAGGUUUUCGCUUUUUCAGCUGGAUGAAGAGCAUUGGGCAGCAGUAGCAAGAGGGCAUCCAAAUGGAGCAGUUGACAGUUAUAAAAGAACUCUAAGCUUCUUCGAUUUCGAUGAAGAGAGAGAUUUUGAUCGUUGCCAGGAUGGUGGUUUUAUUUCACGCUCAGUAGAGCAGCUCAUUCCCUCUAAUAUUGGGAGCGUGAGAGGGUGAGAGAAUUUUAUUGUAGUAAAAUGAUACCUAGCUAUUGUCUAUAAGUUACUCAGGAAAGAAAAACAAAUUCACAUUGCAAACUUUUGCAGAAAAUCUGAAGCCCGGGAUUGUAAGAACCUUUAAAGUGAAAGCAUAAUUCAA